UUCAAGAUUUUUCUGUGUUGUUAGAUGUUGUGAGUAUAGGCAUGCCUGAACCGGCUAAGUCCGCUCCUGCUCCUAAAAAGGGCUCUAAAAAGGCUGUGACUAAGGCUCAGAAGAAGGACGGCAAGAAGCGCAAGCGCAGCCGUAAAGAAAGUUAUUCCGUGUACGUGUACAAGGUGCUGAAGCAAGUCCAUCCGGACACCGGCAUCUCAUCCAAGGCUAUGGGCAUCAUGAACUCCUUCGUCAACGACAUUUUCGAGCGCAUCGCUGGUGAGGCAUCGCGCUUGGCUCAUUAUAACAAGCGCUCGACUAUUACAUCCAGAGAGAUCCAGACUGCUGUGCGCCUGCUGCUGCCUGGGGAGCUGGCCAAGCACGCCGUCUCCGAAGGCACCAAGGCUGUCACCAAGUAUACCAGCUCCAAAUAAAUAUAAUAUGUCUAGCUGCUGUUAAACCAAAGGCUCUUUUCAGAGCCACUUA